UGGAGGGCGGCCAAUAUGGCCGCCGCGGGGACGCAAUCCAGGGUGACCGGGUGCUAGGCCUCGGCGAGUGCACACGGGCUCUUGUGGCCGUGGCCACGGGGUCGUUGCGGUAGAACCUCUGUUUGCCCGGACAGAGGAACCUGGCCUGUCGCCGACGGAGGCCCGAGGAGCAGGUCCACCCGUUGCGCGGGCGCGACCGUGACCCCCCCAUGCGUGCGGGCGCCGGGCGGCGAGGCCUCCGUGGGGGCCGCCUGCUCCGCGGCUUGCUGCUGCUGGGCGCCGUGGGCGUCGGGCUCUGCCAAGCGGAGGCCUCCGUGCGCGAGGAGAAGCUGUCAGUGAGCACCUCGGCUGUGCCGUGCUGGUCGGUGGAAGAGUUUGUGGUGACAGAAGAGUGUACUCCGUGUUCUAAUUUCCAGAUCAAAACCACCUCUGAAUGUCGUUUGACAGGGUAUGUGGAGAAAAUCACGUGCAGCUCAUCUAAGAGGAAUGAGUUCAAAAGCUGCCGCUCUGCUCUGAUGGAACAGCACUUAUUCUGGAAGUUUGAAGGGGCCAUGGUGGGUGUGGCCUUGAUCUUCGCUUGCCUUGUCAUCGUUCGUCAGCGACAACUUGACAGAAAGGCUCUGGAAAAGGUCCGGAAGCAAAUUGAGUCCAUAUAGCUGCAUUCCACUCCAGUAUGCAGGGUUUGACAACCGUGUGUCUCAGAGCAAGUGCCGUGGACUGAUGCGCUCGCUCCCUUGCUGCUUUGGAGCCUUUCCCUGGCUCCCUGUCCCAGCUCAUUAGUGAGCAAACAAAAGGAGUAAAGCAGAGCUGGGGUGGAGGCACACUAACCCAGCGCUCAGGAGGCUGAGGCCGGAGGGUCUGUGGCAACUUCAAGGACGGACAACCACAUAGCAAGACCUUGUAUUCAAAAUAAAUAAAUAAAUACAAAUAAGUAAA